UACCAUCUGCUAUCAUCAAUUGUCAUCUUCCACCGUCGCACAUAUACUAUUCACCCAUCCAUCCAUCAAACCUUUAUCAAUCAACCAAUUCUAAGGGUUCGCUAGAGAUCCCUCUUGAGAUCCACCGCGUUCCUUCUACUUCUAUUCAUUACUUUACGCUGGUACCUACGGGUCAUCUUCGUACACGAUGCCUCCUCGUAGUCGCAAGCCCACCGGCGCAGCAGACGCAAAGUCUGCCCCAGCAGCUAAGAAGUCCACCGCCAAAGCCCCGACUACCAAGAGCAAAAUCACCAAGCCCGCCCCAGCUCCGAAACGCGCCUCCGCUCGCGCGCCGUUAGAACAUGACGAUGAGAGUCUGCCUGAAGGUGAGACUGGCGUGAACGGACGCGCCAAAGGCGCUACACGAGGCGCCGGAAAGUCCGCAGCCAAGCGAUCUAGCGGAACGGCCGCGGACGCGUAUCUACAAGAAGCUAUCGGUGCCGAAGAAGCCGAACUGAACGGCGACAGCAGUGAUGGAUCAAAGGGUUCAUCGAAGCGUAAGAGAGAAGACGAAGAUGAUCAGGAUCAAGAAGAAGAACCUGAGACCGCACCUCGAACGAAGAGAGCUAAGAAAGCACAUGCUGGUGAGGCUCAACCUAAGCAGCCUACCAAGGCGGCACGAGCAAAGACUACAAAGGCUGCGAAGACCACGAAGGCCGCUGCCACCACGAAGAAGCCCCGCGCUCCUCGAAGCAAACCUAAGGCUGAAGAAGUCGAGGAUGAUGAAGUUGCUGAAGAUGAGGAGCCGGAGGAAGCACCUCCCGUGAAGAAGAGCCGCACUACCAAACCGGCAGCGAAAUCAGCCGCUGAACCCAAGCCCGCUAAACCGGCUGCUCGCACUCGAGGUCUCGGUGCCAGAGGCGUUGCAAUCAACGACGUUCCAUCCAAGCCAUUCGAUGUCUUCGUCUUUGGUGAAGGAUCCUCUGGUGAACUCGGUCUUGGUAGCAAGAAGUAUGAGGGCAAGAAGCCCAUUGACGUAAAGCGUCCUCGAAUUAACCACAAUCUGAAGGGUGUGGUUGAUAUCGCUUGUGGUGGCAUGCAUUGCAUUGCCCUAACCAAUGAGCAAGUUGUUUUUACUUGGGGUGUCAAUGACGAUCGCGCAUUAGGCCGUGAUACUUACUGGGAAGGCGGCACUCGUGACGUUGACGACGAAUCCGACUCUGAUGAUGAUUCGGAUGACACUGGUGUGAACCCGAACGAAAGCACUCCUGGCCGUGUCGACCUUAGUGUCCUCCCAGAAGGCACAAAGAUCUCCCAAGUGGCUGCUACGGACUCGGCCUCGUUCAUCCUUACCGACGAUGGUUGGGUCUAUGGUUGGGGAACCUUUAGAGGUUCUGACGGAAUCAUCGGAUUCAGCGAUGGCGUGCGAACCCAGUCUACUCCCGUCAUCAUUCCUGGAUUGAAGAACAUUAGCCGCCUAGCAUGUGGAUCCAACCACGUCCUUGCACUUGAUCUGACUGGCAAGGUCUUUACAUGGGGCAGCGGAGGCCAAUUCCAGCUUGGCCGAAAGCCGCUUAGCCGUCUCGGAGGCCCAAGUGCCGGCCUGAGCCCUCAGCCUUGUGGAAAAUUCUCAAAGAAGCAUCGCGCAGUCAAAGUUGGUGCUGGUUCGUACCAUAGCUUCUACAUCGACGACAACGAUCAGGUCUGGGCCUGGGGUCUGAACAACUACGCACAGACUGGCCUCAACGAGAACACUGGCGAAGAUGAUGCAAUGGUUCUUCAGCCACAGAUUGUCAAGUCACUUGAAGACCAGAAGGUCUCCCAGAUUGUUGGUGGCGAGCACCAUUCCGUCGCUUGCACGGCAGACGGAAAGCUGCUUACAUGGGGCCGCGUAGACGGUCACCAAGUUGGCCAACCAUCCAGUAUCUACAACGAGGACAAUGCCUUAUUCGAUAGCAAUGGCAAGCCUCGGAUUCUUUUGACGCCCACCCUUGUUGAUGGUAUUAAGACUACCUACGUCGCAGCUGGUACGGAUACCAGCUUCGCCAUUGACGAAGCCGGCAAGGUCUAUUCCUGGGGUUUCUCCGCAAACUACCAGACGGGACAAGGAACUAUUGAUGAUAUUGAAGUUCCCACUGUCAUCGACAACACUGCCAUCCGUGACCGCAAGAUUAUUUGGGCUGGUGCUGGCGGUCAAUUCUCGAUGGUUGCAGCUGCCGCCGAUGAGGAUCUGCCUAACGGCCAUUAGGUGGUAUUGUAAGUUGGGAUAACCGGGAGGUUUAAGGUGCAUUGAAAAGGAUUGGUGUACUCGGGAGGGCGUGUUUAUACCAGUACCUAUACAACAUUUUGCAUUUCAGGUUCCAGGCUCAAAAGGUGAUAUGAGCCUGAGGGGACAUCUCAGCAGAGCACGAAGUUUUGCGGGUAUGAGGGAAUUGCCUUGAAAGAUGUCCCAGAUUUUGCAGCGAACGCAUGGAGGCUAAUGAAGAGCCCGAUAUUAGGAGACCUCAUGUACAUUAUAAUUGCAGAUAAUGGCUAGCGCUGCUUUCUCCCCGCUUGUACAUAUAUUCGAUAUGGGCUUUUAUGGCCAUCGAACUGGGAAUUUUGCUCGAUUAUAUUUGUUUUUUUAUUACGUGACUUCUCGGCUAUAAGAACUACUAACUGCUAAUAGGUAUCCGAACAAUAGUUGUAGUAUCAACCUGAUUACACUGCCUAAUUAAAGCGAAGCACCGACAUCCCGUGGCAAGCCUGGUCAGCU